AAAGAAAGCCGAUUCACUCUGAAAGUGGAUUAAAUGUCUAUAUUUACAUUUUUUUCUGCUCUUAUCGCACAACUUAGAAUAAAUUCCAAGAGAUUUUUUUUUUCAUUGUUCUGAACAACAUCUAGAACACAUUUAUUUUCAUUAAAAUUUCUUCUAGAAUUUCUGUUGUUGUUCAUAUAAACAUACAUAUAAUAUGGUUAAUCAUUUUGUUUUGGGUGAAAUGGAAAUUUGAAACGAACGUGAUAAACAGCAGCGAACUUAGCAGCGAAUUAUUUCGCAACGGUUGUUUAUCUUCAAUUUCAAUUCAUCUUGGUCAUAUACGUAUCGGUGAACAAAAAACGUGUACAUUUUUCCAAUUCCCACGAAUGCCCUGUUUGAAACUUCUGGAUGAUUAUGACGUCCGGCUAUAAUCGCACUUCUUUUUGCAAAGAACAUUUGUUCGCAUGGGACAGCAGACGGUUGUUCGAUUUGAGAUUAGAUAAUACACAAAUUUAUUAUCGAUAGAAAUUUGACGACGCUCGUAAUUUGAAUAGGUAUACACUUAUUGGCACAAUUGAUUGGAAAAACAAUGAGAAAAAAUGAAGAAAAAAAAUUAAAAGAAAUAAAUAAAACGCCGGCGCAAUGCAUUUUAUUUGAAUUGGUUUUGCGUUUUUUUCUGCUAAUGUUAUUUAUUCAUUGGAAUAUAAUUGAAGUGUUGGAUGUUCAUGUUUUAAUACAAUAGAAAGGGGCAUUUUAGAAAAGUCAUGAUAAACAUUUGUCAUGUUUUUGAUUGUCAAAUUGCUUAAUUUAAUUGAGGUAUCUACUGUUGUCGAGAACUUAUAUCUAUUAAACAAAUCAAAUUCGGUUGACUCAAUCGCGCCAUGACAAUUUUCAUAAAUAAAUAGUUGGUUGAUUUAAAAAUGCUCAAGCAGUGUAUCGGUGUGUGAGUCUCAAUUCAAAUUUGAAACGAAAAAUCUCUCUCAAUCUAACACCCGAUGUCGGUAGUACAGAUCUCGUAUACACACAUUUUGAUCGUCUAUGUGUCAAGCGAACGAAGUGUCAACAUUUAGUACAGUGGAGAAAAAGCAAAAGCAAAAGCAUAAACAAUGCCAUAGGAUUGUCUAUCAACGCGAUAUUUUUAAGUUUUUUUUUUUGUUUUGAAGACAAUUGCACAAAGUUUUUAGCUUAAAAAAUGAAUCGAGAUGAUGUAAUACCGCCGAGUCCGCAGUUGAAAGAGAAAAAAUCGCGUUCACGGUCGAAAAACUCCAAAACAUCAUCUCGUCAGAAGAAACAACCUCGUUCAAUACUGAGUUUACGGAUGAAAAAAUUACAAGUUGCGGCCGCCGAAAAUUCGAAUGUUGCUGGGUCAUCGAGUGGAGCAAGUCCGGGAGAAAGUCAUGGUAUGCAAGUAUGUGAUAUUUACGCAGGUAUUGAUGAUGUGUCGGCUGAAGAGAAAAACCACACAAUAUCAGUGUUGAGUGGUUUUGACAUUCUGGGACAGCCAAAACUCAUCGAACAAUGUAACCGAUACGAUAUGACACAAGCACGGAAAACGGAUACGUCACAGCGAUUUUCACAAACACGCCGUUUGAUUUCGCUGAAAGAGCUAUUGUCGUCACAAGAUUUACCACAAUCCGAUACGGAAUCACCCGAUUCGCCAUGCGCACAAGGUUUGUCCAAUUCGGGCAUUGAAAAGGAAGCCAGAGAUGUGUCGUGUGAAAAUUUUCAUUUUUCCGAGUGGCCACAUCCAAUUUGCAACACACCAAAUCAACCAUCAAAUUCGAAUCGAGUUCUCAAUUUAUCGCUGCAAUCUGUGAAUGAAUCGCUUUGUUCGGUGCAUUCAAAUGACAAUCAACAACAGCCAGUUUCUGCUGAGCAGCCACAAAUCAAACAAUCAACCACACACAAUGAAAUGAAUGCUUCAUCUUUUGUUCAAAGCAUUUUGGAUGAUUUUGACAGUGGUGACGAUUCAAAUCAAGAGGUUACUACACAAUUGCCUCCGCUGUGGUUAGUUAGGCGAACUAAAAGGAAAAUGUACGAUCGAACACGAGUCGCUCGAGUGAAACAAUUGCUGGAUGAUUCUGAUAUGGGUUUGAAUUUAAGUUUUUCCUUUCGUCAAAAUCUAACGGAUCUUGCUACAGGUCUCACACAAUCGAAUUCAUGUGACUUUGUUUCCAAGAAAGAUUCACUUCAAACGAUAACAAUUUCGGAUAACGGAGACACGGACACAGAACAAAUGUCAAUGGUAUUUUACCUAUUUGUGCAUGAUCAAAAGGAUGAUUUUCUAAAUGCCGAUGGUAUUUUACCAAAGGAAAACGUUGACAAUGACCAAAAAGAGAUCGCUGAUGAUACACCGUGGAGAUGUCCAAAAGAACGAAAACCACCAAAAGAAAAUGAUCCAUCAAUUCAUUUGUUGAAUUUGGAAGAUGACAUUUUUGCAAACAUUGAAACACCGAAAGCAUCAGCACGGUGUAAAGCGAAAAAACCGAAUUUAGUUUCAACGCCUCUUUCGACAUCAACAAAAGGGCGUUCUGGAGACUCAGUGAUGUACACAACACCGUCCACGUCGAAACAGGCCAUUUUGAGUGAACAGAGAAUACCAAAACGAUUGCACUUCGGUGCUGAAAUGGUAAAUCAUCCUGAAUCGCCUGCAAUGGAGGCCUUUAAGACGGCUGCGUCAACAUUUUCCGGCUUUGCAACGGCACGUGGUAAGACGCUUCAAAUGUCGACCGCUCAAAUGAAACGAACCGCUGCCAUAUUUGCCGAUAUUGAUGAAAAAUAUAAGGAAAUCGACCCAACUUUAGAGGAAGUGCCGAGUGCGAAGAAAGUCAAGCAUGGAGGAGAAAUGGUGCCUGAUUCAAAUCGAAUCAGUGAUCCUAGUCGAAUGAAACCAGAACGAAAUGUGAUUGAGCCCAGCAAUCAACAUCAAAAGUUUGGUGGUUUUGGAAAAGCAAGUGGCGCUAGUACAAGUGUGGCGGCUACGAAGAAAGCAUUAAACCUUUUUGGAGAAGAUUUCAGUGAUUUUGGAUUCAAGAAUCAGCCACAAUCAAAUUUCAAGCCAUCAAAUGUAGCUGGACCAAGUGGUUUGGCUGGUUUUGCCACAGCUCGCGGUUCCAAUAUCAAAGUAUCUGCCGAUAAUAUGCUAAAAUACGCAAACACACUGAAAGAAGUCGACCGUGGUGUGCGCGAAGAGUUUGGUAUCAAAGAGAAUAUCAAUUUAAAUGAUGAAAAUUUGUUGUGCAAAACGCCAUUGGGUAAAUUAAAUCAGCGAACAAAUGCUUUCGCCACUAGUACACCAAACCCGAAUUCAAUGGCUGGCUUCAAAAAUUAUCCACCGAUCACACCGAUUACUAAAAACUCAACCACUCAUGAUGUCUUGUACGAUGAUAAUGAUGAACUAUUCAAUGAAAUUAGUACGCAACCUCAGAAGUUGGAACCGGCCAUUGCAAGCAAUAACACGUCUGUGAAUUUGAACGAUACAUCCGCCAGUGAUUUUCAGCUGCUCAAUGUCAGUGUCGCAGGUGUUAAUGUUCUGAAUAUUCCAGAAGAAAUCAAAUGUGAACGAGAAAAAGCCUUGAAUGAACAGCAAGUUGAGUGUUUUAAAAAACCGAGACCAAUUCGGCCACUCCAUGGUUCAAUUUGGAUACAGCGAUUAUUGGAGCCAGUGAAACUUCAGGAAUUGGGCCAACCAAAAAAGUGCCAACGCGAUGAAUUGGAACGACUUGGAGUUCCAGCGAAUAUCAUUGAACUGAGUGCUGAGAAUGUGCUGCAAUUCAAAUUCGAUAUGUGGAAAUUCUAUUCGGAGGAAGAGUGCCAUACGAAUGUCGACGGAAUCAUUAUGUCGGAUGAGAUGUGCUUGAUUAUGGAUGGAAAUUCGCGAGUUGGAAUCAAAGAAUUGACGAGCGCAUUUUUGAAUUGUCCAUCAGUCGACCCAACAUUAGUGCCCGACCAUUGGAUAAAAAAUGCCAUAAAAUGGAUCUUUCUCAAAUUGGCCAGCUACGAACGAUCGUAUCCACACCAGUUUUCAGGAAAAUCUUUGACACCGGAAAAUGUUUUGGUCCAUCUCAAAUAUCGAUACGACCAAGAAAUUGACAACGUACAACGGUCGGCAAUUCAAAAAAUCGUUGAAAAAGACGAUUCAGCUGCCAAACGAAUGGUGUUGUUUGUUAGCCGAAUUCUCGACAAUAACUUGGCCUGCACGCUUGAGCUAAGCGACGGAUGGUAUUCGAUAAAAACGAGUGUAUUGGACGCGGUUUUAACCCAUGCUGUAAUUAAUCGCAAAAUUGUGAUUGGUACGAAACUAGUCAUUCAAGGAGCUGAAGUGGUUGGAUUCGAAGAAGCGUGUAGCCCGCUUGAAAUGCCCGGUUCAGUGGCGUUGAAAAUACAAGCGAAUUCAACGAGAAGAGCCAGAUGGUUCGCUAAACUUGGCUUCUGCAAAGAAACAUGGCCAUUCGCCAUAUCGUUGAAUUCUGUGAAAGGAGAUGGUGGUGUUAUAACACGGAUGAAGGCAUAUGUACUUCGUGUUUAUCCACUGGUUUUUAUGGUUAAACAAAAAGUUGAAGAUGGACACAAAACAGUGUUCCGAUCGAAUAAAGUGGAGCAACGUCAAAAUAAGCAAGACGACAAGAAGCAUUUGGAUAUUAUCGAAAAGCUAUACGCUGAAGCCAAUGCGGAGGUUGAGAAAGAAUACGAGGGAAAGCGAAAGAAAUCCAAACGAAGAUCAAAGCAAAAGAUUUGUGAUAUUGAGGAUGGCGAAGAGCUGUGGAAUUACUUGGAGGAUUCGAACGAUAGUAUAGAGAUGGAUUUAUCAACGACUCAAAUCAAAUUAUUAGAAGAUUAUCAGACGAAACUCAGCGAUGAGAAGCAGAACAAAAUCAAAGCAAUAGUCCACGAGAAACUGAUUGCAAUGGGAAACCCAACUAGAUCAGUAUCGCUACAAAAACUGCGUUUAAUUGAUGCAACUUCACCGUGUGCAACGAAGUCAGCGAUUCUAUCAAUUUGGAAUGCUGGCGAUGCGUACGCUUCAUUGCGGGAGAAUACAUUUUUGGAUCUUCAUAAUGUCACAGCAAAUGGAGUGCGUGGUAAAGAUCUGCAAUUGACGGCCAGUAAUUUUACAUCGAUUCGACCUGUUCAGUUGAGUCCCUUGUCUUCGCAUGCUACAUUUGCGCGCAAAUUGACUCCCCUUGCUGAACUCGAUCCAUAUCGUUUUCAUCCACAUUUCAACGAGUUUGACACGCUUGGUUUUGUGCUGAAAGUCGAAGAUAUCGUGCCAAAUUUUCCGUUUCAAUCGGUGUUCAUUGUGGAUGCCUUUCGAAAUAUACUUUGCAUAAAAUUCUGGGGUAACAUUCAACAGCAUGCCUAUGAUGACAUUGUCAGAGUGAACAAAUUCCUAGUGAUAAGCCAAUUGGAAUGGAGACCACACAAUCGAUUCAAUCGAACUGGUGUGACACAAGCAUUUGUCACCGAACUAACAACAUUCUCAGAGAGUCCAAAGUUGGCUGAACGGUCAUUGGCACUAGAUGAUUUACGUGAAAAAAUCGAACAAAUGGAUAUGAAUGAGUUUAUCGAAGGCUGUUGCAACAAAUUGGGUGAGGGAGUUCAUGCGAAUAAAGAAAAUUCAACGUCAAACAUAUCGUCAAAUUCGACUUUGAAUCAAUCAAUGGUGAUUCGAACUGGAGCCAUAGCAUCGCCAGCGAUUCAAUCGCCAACAGUGAUUAUGCAGAAAGUCGAUCGGCUUCGACACGUUGGAAGUCCGCCUCCAUUCAGAAGCUCAUAUCUACAAAAUGGUCAAACACCAAAUGGAUCACGUAAACCAUUCAAAACACCAUCCCGAGCACAACAAUCAACAUCGUCAUGACAAACCAUUGAACAUUGUCAUUUCAUAAACCUUUUUUUUUUAAAGAUUCAUACUUUUUGAUUCAAUUCUCAAGUUGAAAAAAAUUACUAUAUUCAAAGCGUGAUACGAUUUAUUUAUUUUCUUCUUUUUCGUUAUCGAUUGUUGAUCAUUACAAUUUUAGUCAUAUCAUUUGAUUAGCUACCGAAUAAAUUUAACUUCACGUUGAAGUUGUAACGAACUAA